CAGCAGGUUGUCUCAGAGCCAAACGAGUAUUUCAUGCUGGAGAGGCUGGAUAUUGAAUCACUUCCCAAGUCUGAUAAGGGUUUCUUCUUUGGAGUAAGAAACUUGCCUGCAUUUUUGGUUUGCUGCUAAGGUUGGCUGACAAAUUGGACAUGCAUUGGUAGAUGGAGCAAUAGAUAGAGCCCAGUGAGCUGCAUCAAGAGGUGAGUUCACACUUCCUGGCCUCCCAGGCUUCUGGCCAGGCCGCCCUCUACCUGUCCACAGAGGUCCACCAACACCAGCACCAGCACACCUUCACCCUCUUCCAACAUCAGCCCUCUGGCAUACUACCUACGCCUGUUCCACCAAUGUUGGUGACACCAAACAGAAAUCUGCCCCAUCCCCAUGUGAUGCUGAGGUUGGUCCCCAUGGCAGCCACAUUUGUCCCCCUCCCAGGACCCUUCAGCUCCCUGCAGGGGGCCUUCCAGCCAAAGACAUGCCCUCCCCAGACGUCAAACGUUCUAGAUAUGGCACCUGGACAUAGGACUGGGUCACACAAGCAGCUACAGAAGGAUCCAAAAAGACCAGGAAGGUGGGAUACAAUGCAUGUCCGCAUUGCAUGGCAGAUCCACCACCAUAAACUGAGAGUGAAGCAGAAGAUGGAAGUGGACGCACAUGCAAACAACUUCGUUAUCAAACCAGAGUUUCUGACUCAGCCACCUGGUCCUGACCUGAUUCAAGCCAUCCACCAUCAGCGGGACCUUAUUCAGUCCUCCACCCCACUCUCUAACCCAGAGUCACACAGUAGACAUCCUUCAUUUGGAGGUUUGGGCACACUGAGCGUCACAGCCUUUGGUGGACUGGCAAACCUAGCACUAAACUAUCCCAUGAUCUAUCACAAAGACAAUCGAAAUGCACCAAGUGGAGAAGUAGGAGGAACUCCUGAGUGGUGGAGCAGGCAGCAGAAGACACCCCAGUCCUCUGAAUGCCAACUUGAAUGCUCUACAGAACCUGAACAACCAGGAAGAGAUUCAACCAAGGAACCUCAGGACAGGGACACACUCAGGGAGAGGGAAUGGGGACAGCAGCUGCACCUACCCAAAGAGAAGAUGGAGGAGGAGAAACAGUACAUAGUGGAGAAACAACAAGGCCACAGUGUUGCAGGGACUCAUGACAGUUCACCUGCUGAAGACAAGUCUGUUCCUCAGACAAUGACCUUGGAACAUGGUCAGCAGUCCAAUGGCUGCCAUAGCUGGGAGUCAGGUGACAGGAAGAGAAGACUUGAGUGUGAGAACUACAUAAAGGCCAAGAAGAUGAAGCGGCAGAGAGAGGAUGACCAGGAGUAUUUCAAUGAGGGCCCUCAACCCAAGGACCCCACAGAGAAACCAUCCCUGACCCCUACAACACUCACGCCAUCCUCCAUGUCGAUGCAGCACAUGACCAUAGGGAACAUUAUUCCAGGGCUCUACCCAGUAAAUAGUGUAUGUAAUCUGGCCCGGACUCAGGAUGGCAUUCCUGUUAUGCAGCUCAUCCCCUACCCUGCACUUCCCUGGGACAUAUACAGGGGUAUGGACCUCCCUGUCUCCUCCUGUCAAGAGCUGGUCAUGAGGGCUGAUCCUCUGCAUGGUGUGGUGGGGGCCAGGCUGUUGGAGGCAGCAGACUGUUCAUAUAGAGACCCUCAUCACGGCUUUCCACACCCACCCUAUCACCCCUCACUGGCCCUAAAGCAGCAGGAGAGGGCUUACCUCAUGGAAAGAGAACGUCUGCACAUGCUCAGAGAGGAAUACUACCAGCACAGCCUCCAUUCUGCCACCAUGGGCGGCCAUCUCCCCCAUGUCAGCCGCCUGACCUCCACCUAUUCCGGGUCACAUAUCUCCAGGGUGGGUCUCACACAUAGCCACCAGAGUAGCUUCCCCAACAGAACUCUUCCCCCUGGGUGCUUAAGCACACUGCCGCCUCUGGUCCCCUUGUCUGGCGAUCCCCACAGGACUACCUCGUAAUGACAGAAAUCAGAAGACCCUACUCUGUGUGCUUGCUUGCCUUAGACUAACUCAGCAAUGUACUGCUUCAAGACAAAUUCUGUGAUUCUGAUUACUGCCUGUAUGACACAGAUAAACGACAAACUACUAUGUUGAAAAACUCAGAAUUUAUUUACAUCCCUUAAAACACCUGUAAAUUGAUGAACAAUGACAUUGAACAGAAAAGUGCAAUCCACCGAAUGAGUUCAUAAAACGUUAACUCUUGAAUUUGUCAAGUUACUGUUCCUAAAAUGGACAUACAAAAAUAUAAAUAACUGACAAAACUUAACAAAUGUAAAAAACAAACAAGAACUAGGUAAAAUCAAAAGCUACAGCAUUAAUUAAAACAGAAUAUCCCGUGACCAUAAAGGAAAACCUAAGAUCGAUGACUUAAUGGGAAAGAGUUCAGGACAUCAGGAAAAACAUCAGGAACAUGACCUGACAGACUUCUACACUUUAAACCUGAGGUUAUUUCAAAACUGCUGUCAAUGGGAUCACAUACUGAGGCUGCAUUAAACUGAAGCUGCUGACGCCCUCGCCGCAUUAAAGCUCAUACUGUAAAACACUAACAAAUAAAAACACACUGUAUAAAAAAAAACUUUUGAUCAGGGCUAGUAAGCACUAACACAAUCUUCACAUUCUUGCCAACUUGUUGCAUCUCUACCAGAGAUACUAACAUUUAGUGAACUUUAAUAAACAGUCCAUCCCAGGUUAAGCCCAGCCAUCAUACAUACA